AUGGAAUCAAUCAAGGAUAUCAUCAACAGCAUAGUACUUAAUCCUGACCUAGCCCCUCUUCUUACCAUCAUCAAAUCUGCCCGCAAUGGUGCUGUCUAUGGCGCCAAAGUCCGCUUUCCACAUGCUCUGGUCAUGGUCUUCCUAUUCCGAUCUGGGACCUUCCGAGAAAAGAUUUACCUGAUUCUAAAAGCCACACGCCAACACGCCCGCAAUCUCGCCUCCUUUGCCGUCAUAUAUAAAUCCUCAAUGCUAUUAUUACGAGCGCUCAACCCUCUACGACCAGGAAAAGAAGGGCCAUAUGACACCUUCCUAGCCGGAUUACUAGGUGGAUAUACAGUCUUUGGCAGAGGGAAACAAGGCAGUGUUAAUCAGCAGAUCGUCAUCUACAUCUUCGCGCGCGUCAUGCUCGCCCUCGCCAAACUCUCAAUUCAACCCCGCCGCACCCGCUCCUCUUCCUCACCCACCUUCUCAUUAACACACCCCUUCCUCUCCCGUAGCGCACGAGAAAAGAUCCAAACAGGCGCCUGGCCCGUCUUCGCCAGUCUGAGCUGGGCACUAGUCAUGUAUAUCUUCCGAUGGUAUCCUGAUACCAUCCAACCGAGCUUGAGGAGCAGUAUGAAGUACAUGUAA